CCGCUCCUCUAGACGUCCUGCUGUAUCGCUAGUCUCCUCGUCGCAAGUCGACGAUCUGUAUCCUCUCGCUCUCUAGUCUCGCACGCAACAGCACACGCACGAUGUUUCCAAGCUUCCUCUCCGCACCCCUCGAAAAGCUCCGCAGCUACGUCUCCAAACCCCGUGGCACAUCCGCCACACCCGCACCCGCACCCGCCCCGGGUGGCGCGCUCCGCCGCGCGCGCCCGCUCAGCACCGCGUCGAGCAUCACGCUCGGCCCGCCGCUGCCCACGCCCCCGCCGCCCGCCGCGACGCAGCCGUCCGAGCUGUGGGCGCUCGGCCACCAGGCGGACCUGAUCGCGAACUUCUGGGGCGGCGGCCCGCAGGGCGCGCGCCCUGCGCCGCCGCCGAAGAGGCCUAGGGGAAGCAGGGAGACGUCGGUGGAGAGCUUUGAGCUGGGGAUGGCGAAGGAGUGGAGGGAGCCUGGGACGCUUGCAAGGAGGAUGUUUAUGUGGGGGUUCUUGUUCCCUUUCCUUUGGAUGGUCGGCGCGGUGUUUGUUUUUAAGCCAACACGCUACGAGCCUGAUCUGGAGCGCGCGUCAGUAGCAUCUGCGGAGGACAUGCAACGGCACAAGACCGCAUACCGCGCGGCAGAAGAGAAGUGGUCGCGACGCUGUCUAAUUGCGACCAUGAGCUUCUGGGGCGCGGUCGUCGUCAUCGUCACCACCGUCGUCCUCGCGGAGAAGAACAUGUAGCGCAGCGCGCAGGUCCUGCAAAGCUCCCUGGAGGCAGAGACCUCCCUGCAUUCGGUCUCGCGCUCGCAGCGCGGUGCGCAGCGACCCCCUGACCCGCGCCUCCCCGCGCGCGCGCGCGUCAUCUCCCUCCCGUCCCGUCUCGUCCGUCGUGAUAUCGUUCAAGGGUCCGCUCGUUGUUUACGUCCCCCUGCCACACCCCGGACACACCUGUACUCCCCCUCCCGCUCUCGUCGCCCCCGAUCUGCACAGUACCAGUAACGCGCACCCACGUCCAUACGAUAGUACGAUCCCCCCACGACAUGUCUCGCUCCGUGCUCCGUUUUCCGCUAAUCCCCGUUUCCGUCCUCCGUGCCCAAAUCCGCUAUCGCCGUCGUGUACAUGUAUUGCCCCGUCUGACAUUGUGUACAGUAGCACGCACGCGUCCUCCGCGCGCCCCGCACGCGCCCCGCCCCCUCUGUACAGUGUAUUGCCCUUCUAAUCCGCCUGAUCCACGCAUGUCAUGUCGCGCGUCCUGCCACACGCCAGCCGCCAGCCGCCAGAUGUCCGUAUGUCAGACCCGUCCAACGCUAACGCUUCUCCGACAGCGCGACUCCCCCUGCGAAGCCUGCUGCAUCUGGCGCACCUCCGGGCGUGUUUGUCCCUGCGAGUCCGCGCCGACCGCGCCGCCACCGCCGCGCGCUUUAGGUUUGCGUGCGGGGCCCAGGCCCUAUGACGGAGGGCUUGUGUUCUCCCAGUUCGCUAUGCGGCAUUCUGCUGAGCAUUUCGGGUACCGCGGGACCAGGGAGUCGGCCCGGGGAGCUCGGGGGACGGGGGAGAGCAACGUCGUCGUGCGCCCCGUCGAGGCUAAACAUGCGACGUCCAACGUCGCUCGGGGCCGCUGCGGUCGCAUCGGCGCGCGGGCGCGCUCGGGACCCUCGAUGGAUUGUGGCCGCGGUGCGCCGGAUUAACCUUUCUGAGAGGCGAGGCCCGCGCCGCCGCUUGCUCGCUCCGUUGGGUGGGGGAUGCCGCUCUGCUUGGGGGUAUGGCCUCCGGCGUGAGAGGGGGUGCGCAUCCGCUCUGCGCGCACUCCGGUUGUGAGGCCUGAGGAGGAGAGGGUGUUCGCGCCCUCGGAGCAGCAGCCUCCUCGGGAUCAUCGCGGCGCCGCCAAUCUUUUGUAUCCAGUUCCUCUUGUUCAGGAUGGCCGGGGGGCACUCGGAGGUCGAGCUGGGAGAGGUGUUCGCG